AUGUUUCAUUCCACACUAUGCAAGCUUGGCAGCUACAAACUCCAGUCCGUGCAUAUAUGUGGUGGUACUUCAUAUCUAUUUGAGUUAUUAGAUUCCUGGCCUCCUCUUCCAUCUUGCCUCCAAAGAUUUGAGAUGGGCACCACCGAGUACUGUUUAUCGAAACUGCCAAAGUGGAUUACUCCAGAUCUCUCCAGUCUUGCAUACCUGGACAUUAAUUUAAAUGUAAUAACAGAGGAGGUUCUUGGCAUACUUGGAGAGCUGUCUGCAUUACUUUGUCUGAAACUUUAUACCAACACGGUCCAUAAAGACAGGCUUGUUUUGCAAGGCAGAGGAUUCCGAUGUUUGAAGGAGUUCAUUUUUCAACCUUCUAGUGAAGGUGCAGGGUCCCUUCUGUUUGAGAAAGGUGCACUGCCAAAGCUUGAGAGGCUUCAGCUGUGGUUUUCUGUAUCAAUGGCAAAGUCCUAUGGGUUCUACUUAGGUAUUGAGCACCUCCCAUAUCUGAAAGUUUUACUAGUUAUUCUUCAGAAGCGGGAUGCCACAUCUUCUGAAGUUGAGGCUGCAGAAGUUGCCAUAAGGAAUGAAGCAAGUCUCCAUCCCAACCAUCCCAGAUUGACUCUCGAAUUAAGAAAUGAAUAA